AUGUUCCAACACCCAUCCCACGAGGCGAGCUUCCUCCACACCAAGGCAGAGAGAGACUACCGCUUCGCUCUUCCAGGGUUCAACCGGCCGCUAGACUUUGCUCCGAUGGAGAAAAACAUCUACGGUAUCGAAAGUCGGAGUAUGUUUCCAUCUGCGCUGGAUGAUAGAGACAUCCAAGCAGGAUACGUGGACCUGCCCGUCUUGACCCUCCGUGAGAUACAUAUGGUAGAGUUCAUGGAGGACCUGACCGAUAUUCCUAAAUGGUGGAAAAAGAUAUUUGAGCCCGGCACACAAGAGGAGUGGAAAAAGGCCGCCAUGAACAGUGGCAAAGACAUUACGCUCAACAUGGCUGAGUGGAUUAUUGAUGAGCUUCAAUUCAAAGCCAUGAUCUACGAGACCACAGAUGUAGUCGCCCUGUACAAUGGCGAUGUCACCAAGUCCGACACAAAUGUGCCUGAGUCGGUCUAUCGCGAUAUGAGAACCCAGUUCGAUGUGCUAGAGUACGAUGUGGAACCAAUGCAGUUCUUCCAUCCAGGACAUCUAAGCCAAGAGCGUGACCUCCUUUCCAUGGCAUUGUACCCGCUCAUUUACGGCAAGACCCGCAUUCUCACCGACAGUAUCAUUGGGCUCGAUGACGCUCUCAAGUCCGCCGGCAAGGGCGAAGUGAUCCCAAUCCCAAAAGAGACUGGAAUAACCAGAGAAGACAUUGCCUGGCGCGUCUUGGCCCGGGCAGAUAUCAAGGUUCGGCCCUACAGCCGGAAAUACCAGAUCCUUCCUGCAGACUGGGAACUCGGCGAUGAUGGACAAUGGCACAUAGCCACGUACAUCAACAACCUGCACCCAGUCAAACACCGGAACAUCUAUAAGAUCCUCGAGCAGGUUUUCAAUCUCAUCAUUCCGCAGUGGAACGCAACUUUGACACCCCUCAAGGACAUGCUCCAUUCCCGUGCCCGAAUCGAAUACGGUAAGGCGGAGUAUUACCCACUCCCAAAGGAAGUCUCUGUCCAGAUACCCCAGAUGCAUCCAAAAGAGGCGCAGAGUGAAUUUGACGAGCGCAUGGAGCAGUGGAGAAUGGAGAACUACCGUGCUAUCCAACCCGAUGCAGGCAAGUUCAUUCCCUGGGCAGUCCCACCCUGGUUGAUGGACAAACUGCCCGAGGACCUGCCCAGCGCCGUUCGGAUUGAACGAGGUGUCGAUCUCAACCGGGACUACAAGGAUCGUGGAUUGCAGGUGAUCGUACGUCUGCUAGGCAUUGAUCUGACUCCGGAGCAUCCAGAAUUCGAGACAGACUGGCAUGUGGAGGGCACGAUGAACGAGCACAUCUGCGCCGCGGCAUGCAUACCAUACGACCACGAGAAUGUAAUCGAUCCGGAUAUGGAAUUCCGCAACAUGGUAGAGUCCGACACGCUCACAGAAAUCGAGCACGAGCCAAACGACUUCAUCUGGCUGCAGCAAGUCUUUGGUUUGGAAAACGGCGAGCCGGCCAUCCAAUACCCAGGUUCGAUCCGCAACAGAGUAGGCCGAGUGAUCAUGUACCCGAGCACUGUAGAACACAGGUUCACCCGCUUCCAGCUGAAGGACAAGACUAAGCCCGGGCACACGCGCGCCUUGGUGUUUUUCCUUGUUGAUCCUAAUAUCCGUAUCAUCUCCACGGCCAAUGUCCCGCCCCAGCGUCUGGAUUGGACUAAGGAGAUGCCGGUUGGGGCAGGGGUUAAGGAAGGUUUGCAAAAGCUGGCGCUUGAUAAUAUCAAGUCCAAGGGUGAUAUGCCGAUGAGUCUGGAAGAGGCCUUGGAGACGAGGCUCAAGGUUUUGGAGGAGAUCGGGGAGUUUACUCGCUAUCAACAUGUGGCUUUUGAGUCGAAUGUUUUGAUGCUCUAA